GGGAGGGGGCGGCCGGGCCCCCUGUGACAGCCCUUUCUCUCCUCAGCUCCUGCAUUUUCCUACCUCCUCGAGUCAAUAAAUAAGAAACUUGCAUCCCGCCCGGCGUCGGCGGAGCCUGGAAGGAUCUGGAGGCCGAGCCCGUGGCGGCGCUGCCCACCUGGAGCGCAGGUGUGAGGAUGGGCCUGGCCGAGAUGCCCAGCGAGGCUGCCCUCGGGAGCGGCGCUGGGAGGCCCUGGAGCUGGAGCUGGAGCUGGAGCUGGAGCUGGGCUCGGCAGCGGCACGGCCUGCACCUCCCGCGGCUCGGUGCUGAAUGGCUGCGAUGGCGCCCGCUCUCACUGACGCAGCCGCCGAAGCUCACCACAUCCGAUUCAAGCUGGCUCCCCCGUCCUCCACCUUGUCUCCUGGCAGUGCCGAGAGCAACGGCAACGCCAACAGCAUCCUCCUGGCUGCCAACGGCACCAAAAGGAAAGCCAUCGCUCCGGAGGAUCCCGGUCUGGAUUUCCGAAACAACCCUACCAAGGAAGAGCUGGGCAAGCUGCAGCCGCUAGUGGCCUCUUAUCUCUGCUCGGAUGUAACAUCUGUCUCUUCAAAAGAGCCUCUGAAGCUGCAAGGAGUCUUCAACAAGCAGACAGUCCUUAAAUCUCACUCUCUUUUAUCUCAGUCCUUUUUGAAAACAAGUGAUCUGUUGGGGAGGCAACCGGUGUUGGAAUUCACUUUGGAGAAUCUGAAAACAAUGAGUACUAAUAGCCAGCCACCUCUCCCGCAAGCGCCUGUCAAUGGCUUGGCCAAGAAAUUGGCCAAAAGUACCAAUUCAGACCAUGAAAACUCUAGUUCUGUGAACGGUGGGAAGUGUGCUCCUCCUCCUGCUGCCCUCCAGACUGUUGACUGUAACACGGGAGGUUCUGAACUGGGGGACUUGAAGACCGGCUUGACCAAUUGCACUCUUCCACCCAGAAGCCUUGAUGCAGAGCACGCAGCUCCCUUCAGCAAUAACAGCCCGGCGAGCAAGGCCGCCCCGAGCUGCGGGCGCCUGCAGAAGCGCCUGCAGGUGGUGCAGGCCAAGCAGGUGGAGAGGCACAUCCAGCAGCAGCUGGGCGGCUUCUUGGAGAAAACGCUGAGCAAGCUGCCCGCUCUGGACCCCCUGAGGCAUCGCAGCCAGCUGAUGCUGACCAGAAAAGCAGAAGCGGCCCUGAGGAAAGCUGCCAGCGAGACGGCUGCUUCGGAGGGCCUGAGCAACUUCCUGAAGAGCGAUUCCAUCUCGGAGGAGCUGGAGCGGUUCACGGCCAGCGGCAUGGCCACCCUGCGCUGCAGCGAGCGCGCCUUCGACUCGGACGUCACCGACAGCAGCUCGGGCGGCGAGUCGGACGUCGAGGAGGAGGAACUGACCAAAGCAGACCCAGAGCAGCCCCACGUCCCACUGAGGCGCAGGGCAGAGUGGAGGUGGGCCGCAGACCGCGCCGCCAUCGUCAGCCUGCUGUUCCCUCUCUUGCAGGGGCUGAUAGUUCUGGGAGAAGCUUCUCCCCCCGAGGCUGCAGUGGAGGAUUCCCGUCCUGCUCGAGCCGAGGUGAAGCUGGAGCCUGGGGCCGAGCGCCUGAGUGUGUCUGGAUCCCAGCCCCUAGAAAACUUGGGUGUUUCUGCUGCAAAUACUCCUGAAUCCCACCCCACCAAGCCCUGUGGAGCACCAAGACCUGUCAAUGGAGUUAUUAACACGCUGCAGCCUGGCCUGGCAGAACACGCUCAGGGAGAUGGCCAGGAGGCCGAGGAGCUGCUGCACAAGAGGCAGCGCCUGGCGGCCGCCGACAGCUCCUGCGUGGCCGCGCGCACCCGCCCCGUCCUGGGCUGCAAGAAGCGGCGCCUCGUCCGGCCCAGCGCCAUCAUCCCCCUCGCCAAAAAGGUCAGUACUGCUCUCUGCUCCUGCUUCCCUUGGGAGGUGGGAAAGUCAGCCGGAGGGAGGAGCAGGACAUGCCACGUUCAUCCAGGGGCACAGGGGCUGGCUCCACAGCUCUUUGCUGCUCGAUUAAUUUGGGUUCUGUGUCCUGUACCCCCUGCAGAUGUGCCGACAAGCCUGCACUUCCAGAGCAUGCUGAAAUCCCAGUGGCAGAACAAGCCCUACGAGAAGAGCAAACCUGCCAAGAAGCUGUCGCUGAAGCACAGAGCCCCCGUGCCCCCCAGCCUGGCCGACCCCGCGCGCAGGGACCGCCACAGGCUGGUCAACUCCUUCUUCUCCUCAGCCAAGCGCUCCCAUCCCAAAGCAGACAAGGCUCACAGGCCGCCUCUAGAGGACUUUUCGGCCGUGGCCAAGGCCGAGAGAGCGCCAGAGCGCUCUGCCCCGCCUCCUGCCUUUGACAAAAAGCGCUUGCGGGACGGCUCAUCUGAGAGGAGUGAAGUGUUGAAGCACCACCCGGACGUCGGGGGCCCGAGUUACCUGGCAGCAGCCGUGACCCCCACCCCGCACAGCCCCAUUGCCCGGCAGCUCUCCACCUCCUCCGAGGGCUCUGCUCCCAGCUCUGCUGCCCAGGGCACCUCUGGCACUGCUCAGCCGAGGAGGAGGAGGGGUGAGAGCUCCUUUGACAUCAACAACAUCGUCAUCCCCAUGUCUGUGGCUGCCACCACUCGUGUGGAGAAGCUGCAGUACAAGGAGAUCCUGACCCCCAGCUGGCGUGAAGUUGAUAUCAGUGCUCUGAAAGCCAACCCUGAGGAGGACAGCGAGGAGGUGGAGGAUCUGUCAGACUCGGCGUUCGCCGCUCGGCACGGGAAGUGUGAGGAGAUGGAGCGGGCGCGGUGGCUCUGGAGCACCAGCGUGCCCCCCCAGCGCCGGGGCAGCAGGUCCUACAGAUCGACAGACGGACGGACGACCCCCCAGCUGGGGAACCCCUCCACUCCCCAGCCAGCAUCCCCUGAGGUGGGCAGCUACCACUCCCACCUGGAGCUGUCCCACAGCCACUCACCACGCAGCCCCAUCAGCCCCGAACUGCUCUGUGCCCCCCUGACCCCCCUGUCCCGGGACUCCCUGCGCCUCCUGUCCAGCGAGGACACGCGCUGCUCCACGCCUGAGGCCGGCCUGGACGAGCAGGCCGUGCAGCCCUGGGAGCGCCGCUCCUUCCCGCUGUGCUACGACCCGCGGACGGAGAGCGAGGAGCCGGAGGCGCAGGAGCGCCUGUCCCGCUGCACCCGCCGCUCCUCGGGCAGCAAACCCUCCCGGGAAUGCGACGGCACCUCGGCUCCACCCAGCCUGGCCGGCCCCAAGAGCCGAGCCCCCAGUUACUGUCAGCAAGAGGAGGAGCCCCCGGGCUGGGGGUUAUUUUACAUUUCUGGGGUUAACUGGGUGCUGCUGGUUCUCAUCCAGGGACUCGUGUGUGACAGCCCAGCCCUGGUGCUGGUGUCCCCCGGGGGCUGCACAGAGGGGACGGGGGGGCUCAGCUACCCCGUCCUGCAGCCCAGAAGGGGUCAGGGGGUGACGCUUUGA